CACACUCGGUUAAAGCCACUAUGAAGGGACAAAAGUUGGUCAAAGCUCAGAAGAAGCAACAGAGGGAGGAAGCGAGGAGGCUGCGAGAGGAAGAAGAAGCCCGGCUACAGGCUGAGAGAGAAGAACAGGAGAGGCUGGAAAGAGACAGAAAGCAGAGGGAGGUGGAGAAGCUGGAGUCCAAGGAUCUUGAGCGUAGAGAGGAUGAGCUGAAUGACCUGCGUCAUCUACUGGAGGAGAGGAACACUGCGGUAACCAAAUGGAAGAGAGAUGCAGCCGAGGCAGCCAGGUGGGAGAGAUACAUGCGCUGCGACGGUUUCCCAGACCCAGAGGAGCAGCGAGAGAUCAACACAUUUAUCAGCUUGUGGAGGGACGACCCAGAGCUGGACAUCAGGGAGGUGUUCAAAAAAUGCCACAUCGCCCUAAAGUUGGUCGAGGAGCUGGAGAGUCUGCUCAAAGAGUCCCCAGAUCCCACAAAGACUCUCAUCUACCAGGAGAGCCUCCUCCAUUUGCAGGAGGUCAUCGACUCCAAACUAAACCUCUCAUGCGAGGAGCUCGUCAAGAAGACAAACCAAAACAUGGAGACUGUGGUUCAAGACACAAUGAUGACACUGUGUCUCUGGGCCAACCUCAAAAAGAGUCCAAGCUUUAAAGGCUUGAACUUCAAGGACGUCGGCCUGAGCUUUCAGCUUCCCAAGCAGCUGGUUGAGAGCGAUGUCAUCGUGCGGAUCCUCUACACACGAUACGACCACCUGACCAUGCUGUCCAGGGUGACUCAUCCCAGAAGCCCCACGGCCCGUCGCAGGUUUAACAGACUUUCUUCUCAGAAAAAAUCCACAUUCAUAGAUACUUGCAUCGAUCCGUUAUCUGAUCUGUCCGGGCUCGGGUCUCUUGCAAGGAUCAAGGACAUUCUGAAAAACUCAGCUCUGCAGGAGGCUCAGAAAGAUGAUGAUACCCAGAGAGCCAAGGAGGUGCAGUCCAGGGAAUCUAGGAGGACCGAAGCCUCGGUCGCUCUUCAGCCGACACAGACGGUGUGUGGCGUCCAGGUGGUGGAUCUGAUGGAGUUCACGCCUCUGGGUGGAGUUUUCUGCUACGGCCUGUUUCAACUUCCUCCUCUGCCCCAAAAGGCGGGAAAGUGGAUGAUGCAGCAGGAUUUGGGCUCCGGGUUAGAAGUGUUCCCUCACCCCACAGCCGACGACCCCUGCUCCGUUGGGGUGUCUGUAAAUCUGCCCGACUCCGUGGUAUUCUUCCAACCUCCACACGUGGCUCGCUGGGACGCUGCAGACACGCAGUGGAGGAUGGAUGGCAUCACCGACGUUUCCUUUGAGGAGACCAAAGCCAAAAUCUCCUUCCGGAUGGAAACGUUCCAGCCGUUCGUGCUGAUGCAGAAAACUUACGUCAACCUGCCCUUCCAGAGCUGGGAGCUGCGGCCGCUGGGCCAAGACUCGGCUCGUUUCUCCGUCAGCGGGCCGCUCUUUAACCUCAGCAUCACCGUUCAGGGUAAGGAGUGCAUGCUGCAGCUGCAGGAGGACAGAGGCCUCCACCACGUGGUGGGGAGGUGGAUGAGCCGCCCCGCCCUGCAGACAGCCAUGUUCAGCGCCGGGAUCAACAUCUUCGUCGAAGAAUACGCAGACGCGUACGUCAGCAGCCUCGACAAGGACCCGCUCGUGGAGCGCGCUGCCUACGAACAGAUGGCGCUCUCCGCCUCUUCCUGCGCGUUCUCGUGGAGCAAGUGGAACGGCGAAUGUGGAUCCGAGCGCCUCGUCCUGAAGGUGUGCGAGCACCAUGACCCCGGCCCGGUCCCUGAAGGUUCCUGGAGUCUGUACCUGCUGGGCGCUCAGAGGAGCCAGAAACUGGAGCUCACCGAGAACAGCCGAACCUUCUCCUCAGACCAUUAUCCUGGCAGCGAGUUUCACUCCACCUUCUUCCACAUGCUUCAGGACAACAUGAGUCCCGACGGGAUCGCUAAGAGCAGAAACUCCCAUUAUUUGUUUGUCAACACGGUACAGGAACUUCUUUGGGCUACCAGACCCCUGGUCUAUUCAGGACCAGGAGGGGCCCCAGUUUUACAGCGGCAGGCACAAACGAGCACACCUUCCGUUUGA